AUGCAAGGGUGUCGUAAGGGAGAGAAAGUGACUGGUGUUCGUGACCUUAAAGUCUAUCUUGCUCGUUUUGGAUACCUAAACUACCAGAAAAACCCUAAUCUCCCAGAUCUUGAUGAAGAUCAUUUUGACGAAGACCUUGAGGCAGCCCUCAAGUCGUACCAAGCUUACUACCAUCUGAAUGCCACUGGGACACUCGACGAGCCCACGUUUCCCAUUACAGAUUCUUUCCAGGAAGACCAAAAUGGCCAAGGGGGUAAAAAGCAUCUAACUUAUGCUUUCGGAUCACGUUUCCCAACCAGAUUCAUGCCUCCUGUUGAUCGAGCUUUUAGAAAAUGGGCUACUGCUACUCGAUACUUCACGUUCUCAAGAGCUAGAAGUUAUCGUAGCGCUGACUUAAAGAUUAGUUUUGCACGUGGAUCUCAUGGAGAUGGGAAUCCAUUUGAUGGACCUGGUGGUGUGUGGCCCAUGCUUUUGCACCUACAGAUGGAAGACUCCAUUAUGAUGCCGAUGAUCGUUGGGCAGUGGGAGCUGUUCGGAAUGCUUAUGACGUGGAGACUUUGGCAUUGCAUGAAAUAG